AUGCCUCCCAAGAGAUCAAGUGAAAUGCGGCAGGACCGCCAAUUCUACGUCGAGAGGAUCCGGAAUACCAGAUUCGUCAACGGACAGGAGGAGUUUCUCAUCCGCUGGCGAGGAUACGGUCCUUCGGAGGAUCAAUGGGUGGCUCGCGAAGAUGUCGAUGAGACGAUGGUGCAGCAGUUUCUCACCCAAGGAGCGGCAGGAAUGACACAGAGUCCUGGCGGUGCUGGCCCGUCUACCCGCCGUUCUUCCAGCUGGAGAGGCUGGAAAGAAGUCGACGCAGAGCAGGAAGAUGCGCGACUGGAGCAGGCCCGACGCAACAACGGCUUCGGUCUGCCAGUUCCAGAGAGUCGCGAUGCUCUGUCAACCACUGGACGAGGCGCCCGUCUUCGCAGCGCUACUCCUCAGGAUUCUCCUGCGCCGUCAGCGGUUGCUAGUCCUUCGACAACUCGCAAGCCGUCAGGAAAGAAGGUCAAGCUCCGAACUUCAUCCUCUCCAGCGAAAGACAGCAACAGAGGUGAUGAUUCGUCAAUGCCGGACGCAGCGUCGCAGGCAGAAGAUGCCAUGGCUGUGGACGAGGACGUGAUGGACGUGGAUGAAGAGCCGGAAGUCCAGUCGCCGCCGCCAAAGGCUAAGGGUAAGCCUAAGGUCCCUUUCACCGGAAAGUCGACCUUCAACAACAUGGAGGAGGGUGACGAUGCCCCGGCCUGCACUGACCUGUACAGCGUGACCAAUCUGAGCGUUACUGAACACUGCAAAGAAGUGAGAGAAUGCCAGGCUGCGGGACACACUGGCCCGGUGGUGAAGACGUGCAACGAAUGCUACAACGCCACCCUCGCUUCCAUAACAGCAGAGCAGCAGGCGGCCUUUGACAAUGGCGCCUUUGCGACCCUGUGCAACCCCUGCGUUUCCUGGUCUCGAAGGAAUUGCCCAAAGUGCAACUGUCUGGAGAAGAUGUACUGCUGCUCUUGCCUCGUCAAACUUGCGGAUGCACUCAUUGCGGCAAAAGCUGAGGCGGACUACGACAACUCUGAUGUGCCAACGGAGUGUCAGUUGUGCACCAACGUGCGCGAUGGAACGGAGACGGUCCAGUAUUGCUACCUCUGCGGAGGGACAAGGAUUCUUGAGGUAUAG